GACAGAGACCUUUCUGUUAGUCAAUUCCAGACACAUCUGCAUCACUCUGGCCGUCCCUCCAUUCCCCGAACAGACGGCGCGCGACCUUGUCCACCGAGCCAAGUGAGGUCUAGGCGCCAACGAGCUGGCCAUGACAGGCAUAACGCUGCAGGACGGCCAGGCCGACCUCCCUUCCGAACGCAGCACGCGGUCGUACUGGCACAGAGAACCGUCCAAAGUGCUGCUGGGUCACCGCACGACUCCCUCUCUCCCGUCCACGGCUGACGUGGUCGUUAUCGGUAGCGGCAUUACCGGUGCCUUUGCAGCUCGGUUUCUCAAGGAACCGGGCGUCGGGGAUGGUACCGAAGUGCUGAUGCUUGAGGCGAGGGAGGCUUGCUGGGGUGCUACGGGAAGGAACGGGGGCCACUGCCAACCCAACGUAUCCGCCCUCGCCCCGGCGAUAGCCCAUUUCGAGGUGCAAACGUACGCUUUUCUCCACGACCUCGUCGCCUCUCACGGCAUACCUUGCGACUGGACCCCGCUUCGUGGUGUCCACGCCUUCUACACCCCGGACCUCCUCGCCCAAGCGGCCCUCCGUCUCGGGGACCUUGUCCGAUCACACCCGCAGCUCGCCGCCGGCGCUCGCGUCGUCAGGUCGGCCGAGGAGCUCGCCCAUCUCCGCAUUCCCGGGGCCGUAGGGGCCGUGGUGCAGAUGGCCGCGGCGAGCUGCUGGCCCUACAAGCUCGUGAGCUGGGUGCUGGAGGACCUCUUGCGGCGGUUCGGGGGGGAAAGGAAGGCCGCCGGCGCCGGCGCGCACAGGGGGUUCAACCUCCAGACCAACACGCCGGUCACCUGUCUCCAGAAGCUGGACGGAGCGGGAGCCGGAGCCGGGGCGGGAGCCGGAGCGGUCGACGGGUACCGAUGGAUGGUGCACACGCCUCGGGGACAGGUGGCGGCGCGGCGCGUCCUCCUCGCGUGUAACGGGUACACGUCCCGGCUGGUGCGGGCCUUCUCGGACCUCAUCGUGCCGGUGCGCGGCCAGGUGGCUGCGCUUGUGCCGCGGCCGGGCCAGGAUGCCCUGUCGCACAGUUACGUCUUCAUGGGAGUGCCCCCCGACGGGCCGAUCCGGGACGAUUACUUGAUCCAGCGGCCUCGGGGCGGGGGUGAGUUGAUACUCGGCGGGGGGAGAAGCCGGGGGACGGGCAAAGGGGUUGGGGUGAGCGCGGAUGACUGGGUCGAUCCAGUGGUAGCGAGGUAUCUCCGACGCGUGCUUGCGAGGUCGAUGCAGUUGUUAGGCGGGGAGGGAGAAAGGGAGAGGGUGGAUAAUAGGGAGAUGGGAGAGGAGGAAAAGGGGGAGAUGAAGGCGGAUUAUGAGUGGACGGGCAUCAUGGGGUUCUCCCGGGACGGGUGCCCUUGGGUCGGUGAGGUGCCGGCCUGGUUGGGGGGAGGAGACGGCCUAUGGGUGGCGGCAGGCUACACGGGACACGGGAUGCCGCAGGCAGCGUUAUGUGCGAAGGCAGUGGUGAACAUGAUGAUGGGCGGGGGUGGUCGUGGUGGUGAUGGUGGUGACGGUGGGAAAGAGGAUGGCGUUGAGCUGCCAGACGACUUCCGUGUAACCAAGGAAAGGGUGGAAAGGGUGAGGAGCAUGGACACCGUUCGUGAGGCUGACGAUAAGAAUAUGUUUCUUUGAGGUUCGCAUGAAUAUCCUGAUACAUAAUUGCCCGCAAGUAUCCCUGAUCUUACUGAGUACCUACUUUAAUUGACAGCGAAGUGAUCAAUGCUCAAUGGCAGUUGACUCGAGCUUGUGAUCUUGGUCAGGGAAGAAC